CCGGUGCCCAUUCCCCACUUCGCCCCCUUCACCCACCACCACUAGUCGCCAUGGGUCGCCGUCCCGCUCGCUGCUACCGUUACUGCAAGAACAAGCCCUACCCCAAGUCCCGCUACAACCGCGGUGUCCCCGACUCCAAGAUCCGCAUUUUCGAUCUUGGCCGCAAGCGCGCCAACGUCGACGAGUUUCCCUACUGCGUCCACUUGGUCUCCGAUGAGUACGAGCAGCUGUCCAGCGAGGCUCUGGAAGCCGCCCGUAUUUGCGCCAACAAGUACGUCACCAAGACCUCCGGCAAGGACUCCUUCCACUUGAGGGUCCGUGUCCACCCCUUCCACGUCAUCCGUAUCAACAAGAUGUUGUCUUGCGCUGGUGCCGAUCGUCUUCAGACUGGUAUGCGUGGCGCGUGGGGAAAGCCCUACGGCACCGUCGCCCGUGUCAACAUCGGCCAGAUCAUCCUCUCCAUCCGCUGCAAGGACCAGAACGCCCCUGUCGUCCAGGAGGCUCUCCGCCGCGCUCGUUACAAGUUCCCCGGUCGCCAGAAGAUCAUCGUCUCCCGCAAGUGGGGCUUCACGAACGUCAACCGUGAGGACUACGUCAAGCUGAAGCAGGAGAAGCGUGUGUUGCAGGAUGGUGCCUACGUACAGUACAUCCGCCCGAGGGGUCCCCUCGAGGCGAACCUCCGCGCUCAGCUCCGCGCAUGAUUUAUGUAUCGUGUACUUCUAUGGUCUCCCCGUGUCGCCCUAACAUGAGCAUCUGUUGGGUACGUCGUUCUGAUCUCUGCGUGAUGCGCUCUCCGUUUCUUUUCCCUCUUUAUCGUGUGACCGCCUGCAAUGCCCCUUAUUCACUACAUCAACCUUACUCCGUGGUUGAUGGCUAGGGGAAAUGGGGCAAAGAUUGACUCUCAUCUCGUACUGAACUUUGCACUCCCCUCCGAGGACUGAGCUUUGCUUUAGAUCGGAAACCACCGGAUGAGUACAUUACUUG